AUGUCAGGAAUUCAGGAAGACAUAUCUAAGAACUUGAAGCUUAUAAUUGCUGAAAAACUAAGGGCUCUUCAAAAUUUCAACGAGGACGUGAAUUAUGUGGCAGAGUACAUUGUUUUGUUAAUGUCUAAUGGAGGUACAAUCGAAUCUGUUGUACAGGAAUUGACCUCCCUUUUCGAUUCGGUAGCACCUAGCGCUUUCCAAAAUGUGGUUCAAGAUGCUUUCACGGCUCUUAACUAUCUACAAAAUGGAGAGAACCUCGAAAGUGUUGUUUCCAAACUUGGAGGGGCUCAGUCUGCUUUUCCAGGAGCAGCAGUGGAAACCAUGACGCCUGCACCCGUACAAACAACGCCAACUCCAAUGAACAUGGUAGCAAGUGCACCCGAAGCUCCCAGGUCUGCUUUCGAAGGGAUUGUUGAUGUUACUUCUGCGCCAAGAACUGGAGGGGUCGGUAAAAGAGGGGGCCAUCAACGUGGUGGUAUUAAUAAAUCAGGUGGUCGUGGCAACCGUGAGAAUGGUGAACGUGGUGGUAGAUCCAAUGGUAAAUACAACAACAAUGCGCUUGCAAUGGCGUUGGGUAUGGACCCUUCGGCUUCAAAUGUUAACGUGGUACAAAAGAAACAAGGCCGUUGUAAACUUUUCCCACGUUGUCCACUUGGGAGACAAUGCCCACAUGCACACCCUACCCAAGCUUGUCGAGAGUAUCCCAACUGUCCCAACCCUCCAGGAACCUGUAAUUAUUUGCACCCUAAUGAGGACGUUGAGUUAAUGAAAGAAAUCGAGAAGACUAGAGAAGAAUUCAGGGAGAAGAGAGCGGCUAUCGCAGCAUCUAAGGCCAAACCCAUAAAUACUGGCAUUGUUUUAUGUAAGUUUGGUUGCCUGUGUUCGAAUCCACAAUGUCCUUUUGGCCACCCAACCCCUGCUAACGAGGACGCCAAAGUGAUCACUUUUGUAUGGUGUCCCGAAAAUUUGAACUGUACCAACCCCCAGUGUGACAAGGCACACAGCUCACUGUCAAAGAUUAAGGACGUCACUCCGCUUUCAGUCCGCAAACCCGCCAGACCUACCGUGGAAAAAUCUCUCGUUCAGUGUAAAUUUGGCCAACACUGUACCAAUAAGCGGUGCAAGUUCAGACACGCACGUUCUCACAUAAUGUGCCGUGAUGGGGCGAACUGUACAAGAAUUGAUUGUUUAUUCGGUCAUCCCAUUGACGAGGAUUGUAAGUUUGGUACCGAGUGUAAAAAUGUCUACUGUUUAUUCAGACACCCUGAGGGUAGGCAAUUACCCGAAAAGCCACAGGGCAACAGCAAUACAUGGGUAAACCCUAAUAUGGGUACGGGUAACAGCAUUUCAAAUGAAAGGCCGUUUGCUGUUCCUGAGUCACAGGUGCUUGAGUCUGCUCCUACUCAGGAUGGUGAUGCCAUGAUGAACUGA